CCCCCGCGCCGCGCUCGGCGGCCCGAUGUGGCUGCAGCAGCGGCUGAAGGGGCUGCCGGGGCUGCUGUCGAGCAGCUGGGCCCGCCGCCUGCUCGGCCUGCUCGGCCUCUCGCUGCUGCUCCUGUGGCUCGCGGGCUCCGGGGCGCGGCGGGCGGCGGGCGGCCUGCACCUGCCGCCCUGGCCCCGCGGCGAGCCGGGCGCCGCCGAGCCCUCCGCCUGCCUGGAGGCGGCCACCCGCGGCUGGCGCGGCCUGCGGGAGCGCGGCGAGGCGGUGCCGCUGGGCCCCGGCGUGCCCGCCCUGGUGGCCAACGGCUUCCUGGCGCUGGACGCGGCCGCCAACCGGCUGUGGGUGACGCCCGGGGAGCGGGCGCCCGCCGUGGCGCCGGACUUCGUGCCCUUCGUGCAGCUGCGCCCGCUCGGCGCGCUCCCCGAGGCCGGCGAGGCGGUGCUGCUGCUGCGGGAAGGGCUGCUGCGCCGGGUGCGGUGCCUGCAGCUCGGGCCCUCGGGCCCCGGCCCCGCGGCCGCCGCGCCCGGGCCCGCCUCGGCCUCCGGCCUGGCGCCGGGGCCCGGCCGCGACUGCGUGCUGCUGCAGGAGGACUUCCUGGCGCACCGGGGCCGACCCCACGUCUACCUGCAGCGGAUCCAGCUCAACAAUCCCACCGAGCGCGUGGCCGCGCUGCAGACGGUGGGGCCCACUGUCGGCCCGGCCCCCAGAGCCUUCACCAGUACGCUGGAGAAGGUGGGAGACCAUCAGUUCCUCCUCUACUCGGGCCGCUCCCCGCCUUUUCCCACGGGGCUGGUGCACCUGGUGGUGGUGGCCGCCAAGAAGCUGGUGAACCGGCUCCAAGUGGCGCCCAAGACGCAGCUGGACGAGACAGUGCUGUGGGUGGUGCAUGUUUCAGGCCCCAUUAACCCCCAGGUGCUCAAAAGCAAAGCAGCCAAGGAGCUCAAGGUGCUCCAGGAUUUGGCACGAAAGGAAAUGCUGGAGCUCUUGGAGAUGCCAGCGGCCGAGCUGCUUCAGGACCACCAGCGCCUCUGGGCUCAGCUCUUCAGCCCAGGUGUGGAAAUGAAGAAGAUCACGGAUGCCCACACGCCGUCAGGCCUGACCGUGAACCUGACGCUGUACUACAUGCUCUCCUGCUCGCCAGCCCCACUGCUCAGCCCCAGCCUGAGCCACAGGGAGCGCGACCAGAUGGAGUCGACGCUGAACUACGAAGACCACUGCUUCAGUGGCCACGCCACCAUGCACGCCGAGAACCUCUGGCCCGGCCGGCUGGCCUCCGUCCCGCAGAUCCUGCAGCUCUCCGACCUGUGGAAGCUGACCCUGCAGAAGCGCGGCUGCAAGGGGCUGGUGAGGGUCGGCGCCCCAGGCAUCCUGCAGGGCAUGGUGCUCAGCUUCGGGGGACUGCAGUUCACCGAGAACCACCUCCAGUUCCAGGCCGACCCUGACGUGCUGCACAACAGCUACGCCUUGCACGGCAUCCGCUACAAGAAUGAUCACAUCAACCUGGCCGUGCUCGCGGACCCCGAGGGCAAGCCAUACCUGCACGUGUCCGUGGAGUCGCGCGGCCAGCCCGUCAAGAUCUACGCCUGUGAGGCGGGCUGCCUGGAGGAGCCCGUGGAGCUGACCUCGGUGCCCCAGGGCCACACCUUCCCGGUCAUGGUGACGCAGCCCAUCACGCCGCUGCUCUACAUCUCCACCGACCUCACGCACCUGCAGGACCUGCGCCACACGCUGCACCUCAAGGCCAUCUUGGCCCACGAUGAGCAUAUGGCCCAGCAGGACCCUGGGCUGCCCUUCCUCUUCUGGUUCAGCGUGGCCUCCCUCAUCACCCUCUUCCACCUCUUCCUCUUCAAGCUCAUCUACAACGAGUACUGUGGGCCUGGGGCCAAGCCCCUCUUCAGGAGUAAGGAGGAUCCCAGUGUCUGAGCGCACCAACGGUCCCGCUUUCAGCCCCGUCUGCACAAGACACCCAGCACUGAAAGUCCUGCUGCACGAACAAGGGAUCCUUUGAAAGCACCCACCCUUUUGUGCCUUGUCGGGGACACCAGUGACGCAGAGCGCGUGUGGAUGUUUAGGAGUCGGCAUCGGGGAGCGGGAGGGGAGGGCCAGUGGACUUUUUGUAAAGCUUUCGACUCAAUAAAAUGAACCUAGAUGGAAAAUACUUGAAAUUGAACUCACUCCUUCUGCUUCCCUUCCCUUCUUUCUUCUGUCCCAGGAAAUAGACCCACUUUUGAAGAGAUUUGUCUAGGAAAAAUUGUGUUCUAUUCCUAAUUUAAUGUGUUCUUUCUCGACUGAGUUUUUAAUUUAUUGUUGUUGAGGUUUUGCCGGAUGGCUUUCGCAUCCACUUUAGACUGAACCGUGGAGGUGACUUGGGGCCUUCGCCGCCCUGCCUGGGUGGAGGGCGCGGGUCUCGGGUCAUCCCCGGGUUCCCACAUUGUCUCUUUCUUAUCAUGAGCCUGUGGAGAUCUGUGCUUUUGUACUUCUGGGCUUCCGGGGGCGGUAUUUAACUUUCUAGUGAUUGAUGAUUGUUGGGUUUUGAAAUACCAAAGCUUUUUUGUUCUGUUUUUAAAUAAAUCUCUUUCAAACUUC